UCGCCUAUUUGCGACCCCCAUAUUUUCGUGCCUACGCCCAUGGCAGCUAGCAAACAGCUGUCUGGAAUGCCGACAACAACAACCACGACGCUAUGGCGAACUUGGAAUGGGUGUGCGUGCCACGAUGCUACGAGGUCCGGAAGAACCGCCUGGCUGGCCAGGCCACGUUGGAUCAUCCACUGAAGCAAAGGACUGUGACGGUAGUAGACAGUAAUCCCUUGGCCAGGGCUUUGGAGGGCACGGAUCCACUCUCGCAGUUUGCCCGCCAAGACGAGGAACUCAAUGAUCCACUGACCCAAAUGGUUAACGAAUUCGACAUCAAGUCAAAGCGGCGGGAGCGGGAUAGAGUGGAACCAGAAGACAACACGCUGCAGUGGAGCAGUCGUCGGCUGGGCAUACUUAACCGCUUUACCACCAACGAGAAGCUAUCGCUUUCCACCAGCUUUUUGGUGGCAUCCGGAAGUUUAGACGGUGGCAGUGACAGCAGUAUCAAAGCCCAAACCGUGGUGGCGGACAAAACGAAGUACCGUCUGGAGCAGUUGGAUCAUUUCGAUGAUGGCAGCAUGCGGCACAUGAUGGAUCUCACGCAGCAAGAGUACAUUCAGCGCUUUGAGCAACUCAAACAGGAGCUCAUCCAGUCCUGGCACAACGAUCAGCGGGUCAAGGCCCUCAAGAUUGCUAUUCAGUGUGCCAAGAUGCUGGCAGACACCACUGUGCUGCAGUUCUAUCCGAGUCAGUAUGUGCUCAUCACGGAUAUUCUGGAUGUUUUUGGAAAGCUGGUUUAUGAACGGUUGCGGACCAAGGCUUCUGGCGAUCCUGCAGCCUCGGCGGCUAUGUUGGAGCGAGAGCGAGAGGCUGCCAGGGACACUUGCCAGAAUUGGUUUUACAAGAUCGCAUCCAUUAGGGAAUUACUUCCACGACUUUACUUGGAGCUCUCUAUAUUCAAGUGUUACGAGUUCCUGACAUCUUCACGCGAGGAAUACGAGCGAAUAUUGCAAAGAUUGACCCAUCAGUUGAGGGGUAUAGCUGAUCCAUUGGUAUCCAGUUAUGCCCGCUGCUACUUAGUUCGCAUGGGCGUGACACUUACGCCCAGUAAGACAUACAUAAGGGAGAACUUUAGCGAUCUGUUCAUAAUAUAUCCUCAGAUCUUUCGCUUUGUGGCUCGCUUCAACCUGCAUCCGGAAAUCGUCACUGCCAGCUCCUACCUACAGCUAUAUGCACCAGCCUUCGACUAUAUGCUGCUCUGCCUGGUUCACAAAUGCGAACUGCACACGCAAGAUAUGCUCAACGAGUGCAAGCAGCUGAAGAACAACGGGGCUAUUUUGAUGUCAAUUCUUAGUUCCUUCAAGCCAGAGUUUAUUGCCACAAAUGCAUUGGAAUUCAUAGAGUUAAUAAACGCUUCCGAUACGCCUGGAAUCUCCAAGUCCCAGUUGCUACGCUCCCUGGGAAGCAGCGUUAGCAGCUGCGCUCCUCUGCAGGAGCAGCGGAUUUCCUUCUUGAAAGCCGCUUUCGAAACCAUCAACAAGUUGACGGAUCCUAAUGAGUAUAUCAACUGUGUGGAGACUUGGGCCGUCUUCGUUUCUCAGUACUUUACUGUACACGAGGUUAACCGACUGUUGGGCGAACUGAAUGCGCGCAUGUGCCUUGGCAAAGCCUAUGAAAAACACUAUUCCCAGUUGCAGAACAUCUUAACUAAAAUAAUGCAAAACUACCGCAGUAUUGAGCUCCUACUUAUCCAGCUAAACUUUCUGCCCUACUUGGAUCUCUUUCAAAAAGAAUCGGUUCGUGUGGAAGUGUGUAAGAACAUUCUUAGUUUCUACAAACAGAAUAGUGAGGAAUACACCUGCGAUGCUGUGGUCACGAACGCCCUUAUGUAUCUCGGGAAGAUUUUGAAUGAUUCUGUCAAUGCUUUGACCGUAGAGGAUGAGCGGCGCCAGAUUUCCCAGCUUAUAAAUGUCUUUAUCCACAAAGUUAAUUUUGGAAGAGACUUGGAGCAGCAACUUAGUUUUUAUGUGGAGGCUCGUGGAACAUUUAGCAACCUAGAUGCAGUUUAUGUGACACUUGUCCAAGCAGCCUGCAAGUUAGCCACCCGGAAUCGCUCGAAGUCAACGGGUUUUGUCAAGGCAUGCAUCGCCUACUGUUUUAUUACCAUUCCCAGCAUAGGAGCUGUCCAGCAACAAAUGAACUUGUAUUUGCUAUGCGGUCAACUUGCACUGCAGCACCUUUGCCUGGGGCAGGCUGAUGCUUGUUUUGAGGCUGCCUUGCAUUUGGUAAAUGAGCUGCCGGCAGCCACCGUGGACCUUGACGGAAAGCCGCGUAGCUUAGAGCGAUUCUUGGUCUCGUACAUGUGCAACGUGUUGGCUACUUUGGUCGUGGUUCCGGAUAGUCCGGAACAAGGGGUCCUGUAUUUCCUACGGCUCCUACUGGAGGUGAUUGGCAGACAUGAAUUCAAGGCGGACAGCACGGCGCCGUGUAUUAUUUAUCUGCAUUCCUUAGAUAUGCUUUAUGUGCAAAGCCUGGAAAAGUUUCCCUAUCACAUCAAAGGCGUGGUUUCAAAUGACGAUUUGUAUGGCCACGAUCCCAAAUUUUUGCAAGAGAUAAACAAUUUGUGUGCACAGGUGGUCGAUGCCAUUCUUCUCCAGCUCAAAGCACUGGGCGCGGCGCAACAACAACGAUCACAAGCUGAGCUAGCUUUGGAAUUGUUUUUACGGAUCGUGAGAUACGCUGACUUGGAGAAGGAAUCUGUUGCGCAAUUGGCAGUCAACCUUUGGCACCUAGCCAAUAAGGCUCAAUCUCAACUGGAUGUUAAGACUCUACCGCAGACUCUACGCAGUGUGGAGCUGCUGUACAAACAAGUAAAGGAUGCCUCAACUCCACAGGCUCAGGCUAUUGCCAAACUACUCAUGCGCAUGCGCAACAGUUGAAAAUCGAGCUAGUAGAAACUAAUGCUAACCGCUGAGAUUAUAUAUUUUUUGUGUAUAAAUCUUUUACGGAUUUACUGCCCGGUUUUAUCCUGCGUUUGCGCUUUUGAACCUAGCAAGGAACUGACAAGAUUUGUAUUACAUUUCUGUGCAAUUACGAGUAUGUUAGAGCGUUUAAAGACUUGAUUAAAAUUUUGACGUGUAAUUUCGUGAUGUGCGCCUCAAA